GUGAUUAUAAUGACUCACCAUUGACUCAGAUGUGAUCAGUUUGUGGGUUUUGUAAUGCUGAAGCAUUUUCAGUGUAUUAGGCAUCAGCAUACUUAGUCUUAUCAGCUUGCUCUAGGUAAGAAAGCAUAGCUGUAGUAAAACAAAACAUACUGUAUGUUAAAUUCUUGACCCAAAUUUUGUUAUUUGUGUUUUUCAGCCUUUGUAGAUACAAUGGAGGGGGACACAUCUCUUAUUAAUUCAAAUUUAACACGGUUCAUGACCAUUCUAACAAUGGAAUCGUUGGACAUACCACCAUCCAGUGCUUUUUCUAUAUUCAUUUUUGGCAUCAUCACAUACUGUUUAAUUUUGUUUUUUCACUCUACGUUACUUGUGACUAUUGUUGUAAAAAGGGAUCUGCAUAAGCCUAUGUACAUACUACUGUUUAAUUUGUCCAUAUGUGACCUAAUCGCAUCUACAGCUUUUUACCCACAGCUGGUUUGUAGUGUAUUGUCUCAGAACAGAGAAAUCUCUUACCCUGCUUGUGCCUUGCAAGGCAUUCUUUUUCACAUCUGUGGAAGUGCAUCACUCUUAUUUCUGACUGUAAUGGCAUAUGACAGAUACAUUGCUAUUUGUAAGCCUUUGAGAUACCAUAAUCUGAUGACACGAGGUACCUUGGUGAAACUUAUUUUCAUGGUCUGGUCCAUAACUUUUUCUAUCAUUGGGAUUUUAUUCAUACUCACAAUAAGCAAAAAAAUCUGCAGGACAAAUAUUGUGGACACGUACUGUAAUAAUCCAUCUUUAUUGAAGUUAAGCUGUGAGGAUACAAGAGUGGUUAACUACUAUGGCUUAUUUACUAUAGCUCUUAUACAAGGCUCUUCCAUUCUGAUAGUAUCAUUAACAUAUAUCAAAAUCCUAAUUACCUGUCUUUCUAUAAAGCAGGCAAAAUCUACAAGUAAGGCAAUGCAAACCUGUGGGACACAUUUAGUUGUUUUCCUGAGUUUUGAGGUUAACACAUUCUUGCUACUGAUUUCCCACAGGUUUGAAGCAGUAUCUCCACACUUAAGAAGGGCCUUUGGUGUUUCAAUUGUUAUCUUUCCUCCCAUUCUUAACCCUCUAAUUUACGGGUUGAAAACAAGGGAAAUUCGACAAACAAUUUUUAAUUUCUUAAAAAGAAAGAUUUCUUCAAUUUAA